AUGGAGUCUCCAACGCGUCCCAUCCUCAGCCCCUCAAAGGUCCUUCAUCCGGUAUCACCGGAACGCAUGAAUCAACAAACAAUUCCCGCCUCCCCGUCACUUCCCUCGGAUCUCCUGUCGCUCCACCACAAAAACAUCAAGGGAGUCUCCGAAGUCCAAGCCAAAGUGGCAUUCUUGAACAGUCUAUCCCGCCAGGGAAGCCCGGGUGCCGGGGGUCAAUCUGCAGCAAACCAUGCCGCGCUCCAGAGGGCGAUUCUCGGCCGUGAGGAGGCAGAGUCUGCCCUGAACUCCGUGCAGGAAGAGCUUUCCGAGGCACAAUUUCGAGAACGCAGAAUCAGUGAACGGCUGGAGUCAUUGCUAGAAGAAUUACACGGCACCAAAGAACGCCAAGCCCACGAACGGUCGAUCUUUGAGAAGGAGAUUCGCAAGGCCCGUAAAGAGGCUUUCCGGGCAGGGUCAACUCUGGUCAAGGUACAGGAAGAAUUGAAGCAUACCAAGUCUGAAUCCAAAGCCAUCAAAGACGAGCUCGCAGCAGAGCGGGAAUCAAAGGAUAAGGCAAAGCAAGAGGCAUUCGAACGUGCAUAUGCUCUCGCUGGUCUCACCGAAGAAUUGGAAGUCCUCAAGGGCCAACUGCGGUCUAUGCAGGCAUCCAACCACUCGAGCACAUUAGAAAUGCGGGCCCACGAGAUCCGGAGGGAAGACUUCGGCAGACUCUCCCUCACAGAGGGCGAUCUCGCCUUUUUGACCACCCCACGACGACCGAAGCGAGUCGCACCAGACUCCGCCCGGUCUUCGAUCCCUGAAAUGGAAUCCGCCGACAUCGCCGAAGCCACCCCUCCUAAACGACUUCGACUUUCCGAAUGCACGACUCCCGUCGAAGUCGAGCAAACUACCAUCACCACCUCUUUGUCACACUUAGAUGCUGAAGCCUUGGAAGAUCUGAAGGAAGAGCUUGACCGUGAGCGCCGGCGGAGAACCGAGGCUGAGGAAAUGGUCCAUUUUAUGAAUAUCGAAUGCCAAUUCGAGCGGUGCUCUUGCCGUCUUGCCGAGAGCCAGGGCCGCCGCUACAUCUACGACAAGGAAUACUUUGAAAGGUUCCAAAAGCCACAGCUGGAGGCCGAAGCGAAAGCAGCCCAAGAACUCCGCGCCGAGCAGGAAGCUCGUAUCGAACAACGGGCCCUUGAGGAGCAAGCUCGCACUGAGCAACAUGCUCGCAUUAAAGAGCAGGCCCGUGUUGAAGAGCUGGCUCGCAUUGAACAGCAGGCCCUUGAACAGCAGGCUCGUCUAGAACACCAACAGCAAAUGUAUAGUCAAUCGAGUCAUACGCCCUCUGUCGACCCUCCUACCCCCGUCCAUCAGCAGCCGGUGCCUGCAGUCAAGCCAGAGCCAAGAGAAACUCCGAAGCAGAUGCGAAUGCCCGAGGAGCCCAUGGUGACUUUCUCGCCGGAGACGGGAACCUUCAAGACCUUCCCAUCGCCCCUUCGCGACAAUGCUCGACCUCGACGGACCGAUUCCUUUACACUGGCUGAAUUGAAAAGCUCGCAGGUUGACGCACUGAAUGGAUUGGGAAGCUCAACUGCCUCUUCUAGUCGGCAUGUGGACUCCGUCCCUUCCGCUCCCCCAGUGCCAUCCAGAGCAUCUCGUGGUACUACAUCGGACUCUACCGCCCGUGAAAGCCCGGAAAGCAGACCAGGUAGACGCGCUGAAAGGAGGGAGUAUCAGCCUACUCAGGCGACCACGAAAAGGGUUCUCCUCCGUGAAGCCACCGGAUCGCAGAACUCUGCUUUCGUUUCUGACACGCCCAUCAACCGGGAGGAAGCCCUGGCCAAGAUCAGAGAGCGCCGCGGUCGGGCACGCAGCAAGGUUCGCUCAGUGAGCGCGACCGAGCCGUCCGGACGGUCAGCAGGGUCUACUGGCAGUGCCGGCCCAACACCAGGCCGGGGCCCCCGUCACAUCCCGAACCUUCGGGCGGAUAGCAAGAGUGAGCGCGACCUAGGCGAGCGCAGAGACUUGAGCGCCCCCGUGCGCAUGUUCCGACGAUGA